UGCGAGUCGUUUCCUUUCCAUUAAUAUCUCUGUCUCUCUCUCGGCAUCCUAUAUAAGAAUAAUAAAUUCAGCUUAUCUUCACCCGUUACAAUUUUCUCAUCCAAGAAAAGCGAAGAAAAGGAAAGAAAAUCCCAAGGAAAUGGCAACUUUAGGAGGUAUUAAGGAAGUGGAGGGAUCGGCCAACAGUGUUGAGAUCGAUAACCUAGCUCGUUUCGCCGUCGAUGAUUACAACAAGAAACAGAAUGCGUUGCUGGAGUUUAAGAGAGUGGUGAGUACAAAGCAGCAGGUGGUGGCUGGGACCAUGUACUAUAUUACUUUGGAGGUAGCUGAUGGCGGUCAAACCAAAGUUUAUGAGGCCAAGGUCUGGGAAAAGCCAUGGUUGAAUUUUAAGGAGGUCCAGGAAUUCAAGCCAAUUGGGGUUGCCCCUUCAGACUCUACCGCUUAGGUGACUGAAGACAAUGUAUAUGCUACUGCGCUUGGAGUUGAUGCUCAAAAUAAAGAGUAAAGAAUAAUGUUGACAGUAUUUUAUUUCCCUUAUCUAACUGGAAUCGUCUAUAUGAAAUGGGUAUUUAUGAAUGGUUACAUCUAUCUUCUCUGUGA